CUAGCCAGAGAGCAGAAAACAACAACAGCAGCGUGAACUAGGCUAAACAACAGGCUAGCUAGCUAAGCUAGUUACAUGGAUAGCGACAACAGCGACCAGGAUUUAUCAAACGCAAUGCCCUUAGCUAUCUUAAUUAUUUGUCAUUUAGCCGGAUAAUGUGAGUAAUGUAAUUUUAAGCGAGGACAAAACAUAUUUGCUGUUGCAUAUCGCUUUGCAUUGACAUUACGAACCCUGCUCGAGAGCAAGCUACCUAGCAAUCGACGUCUCUCUAUGUUUGAAUAUCUUCCGGUGGCAGCGGCAGCAGCGGUGCCAUGAACAGUGGACUCCCAGCUUCAGCUGCUCCGCUCGCGGGUGUCGGAAUACCCUGCGUCAAGGUGAAGUUCUGCCGAUACUACGCAAAGGAUAAGACUUGCUUUUAUGGGGACGAGUGUCAGUUUUUGCACGAGGAGCCGUCCAUGGCAAGCAUGUCCCUUCACGGCGGAGCAAGCCCUGUCCCUUUAUCCAUGUCUGGAGGAGCCGUGACGGCUGCAGGGUAUCCUCUUAGUGCACCCCCGGCCUGCCAGGUUGGGGUACCGAACGUCCCCAAAAAGGGCGACUCUCUGGGGCCUGCAGGCACGGCUCUGGAGGGACAGAUGUUAACCAUCCCUGGGAUGGAGGGCGGGACCCUGAGCGAUGCCAAUCUGACCAACUCCUACUUCAGCAGCAGCUUCAUCGGUGUCAACGGCUUCGGGAGCCCAGCAGAGUCUAAAUACUCUAUGAUGCAGAGAAUCACCAACAGCAGUAGUUCUCCCAGUCUCCUUGACGAUGGUGCCAAGAACUUCAACCACAGCGCUCACGAUCUAUUCCAUGGAACCCUGGCAGUUGGACCAGGUCAGAGUUGUGGGCCGAUGGAAAACUCCCCGUGGACAACACAGUCUUCAUUCCCUCUCCCUCUAUGUCCUCUUCCAGAUCCAGGGAAUUCCCCCAUGUCUUCACUCUUCAGUGACUUUGGUGCUCUGAGCAUAUCACAAAGGAGAAAGGGUCCUAACCCUACAGCCAAUGAAUUCAUCCCUAAGGGGGCUCCCCGCAUGGCCACUAUGGUCCAGUCCAGUGGUCCGGCCUUCCCCUCGCCCCUCUUCCCCCACCUCGGCCUCAGCAGCUCCACCGCCCUAGCACCUGGGAUGUCUCUCUCUGCGGGAUCCUCCCCCCUCCACUCCCCCAAAAUCACACCCCAAACCUCACCCGCCCCUCGCCGGCGUAGCCACACCCCCAACCCCAACAACCCUAACCCAGCCAACUACAUGGUGCCCACCAGUGUGUCUGACCAGGGGGCCCACAUCAUCCAGAAGGAGACGGUGGGGGGGACAACAUAUUUUUACACUGAUAACACCCCCGCUCCCAUGGCCGGGAUGGUGUUUCCUACCUACCACAUCUACCCCCCCACUGCUCCCCACGUUGCCUACAUGCAGCCCAAAGCCAACGCCCCGUCCUUCUUCAUGGCUGAUGAACUCCGACAGGAGCUGAUAAACAGACAUCUGAUCACCAUGGCUCAGAUCGACCAGUCAGAGAACACAGGUGUUCCAUCUGAGGUGGACAGCUACCACAGCCUGUUUCCCCUGGAGCCUGUCCCCCCUCCCAACCGCCUGCAGAAGACCAGCAACUUCAGCUACAUCACUUCCUGCUACAAGGCCGUCAACAGCAAGGACGACCUGCCAUACUGCCUGAGGAGGUUACAUGGUUUCAGGCUGGUGAACACCAAGUGUAUGAUGCUGGUGGACAUGUGGAAGAAGAUCCAGCACUCCAACUCUGUUACCCUGAGGGAGGUCUUCACCACCAAGGCCUUUGGAGACCACUCGUUGGUGUUCUCCUAUGACUUCCAUGCGGGGGCAGAGACCAUGUUCAGCAGGCACUUCAACGACCCUGCGGCCGACUCCUACUUCACCAAGAGGAAGUGGGGGCAGCACGAGCCCCCUCCACCACGGCAGCACGCAGGUCUACUUCCUGAGUCUCUGAUCUGGGCCUACAUCGUCCAGCUGAGCUCAGCCCUCAGAACCAUCCACACUGCUGGUCUGGCCUGUAGGGUCAUGGACCCCAGCAAGAUCCUCAUCACCGGCAAGACCAGGUUACGGGUGAACUGUGUAGGGGUGUUUGAUGUCUUAACGUUUGACAACAGUCAGACCAACCAUCUGGCCCUCAUGCCACAGUACCAGCAAGCGGACCUGAUCUCACUGGGCAAGGUGGUGUUGGCCCUGGCCUGUAACUCUCUGGCUGGCAUUCAGAGAGAGAACCUGCAGAAGGCCAUGGAGCUGGUGUCAAUCAACUACUCAUCAGACCUCAAGAACCUCAUCCUGUAUCUGUUGACAGAGCAGUCUAGGCUGCGCAGCGUCAAUGACAUCAUGCCCAUGAUCGGAGCUCGCUUCUACACACAGCUGGACGCAUCACAGAUGAGGAAUGAUGUCAUUGAGGAGGACCUGGCGAAGGAGGUACAGAAUGGUCGUCUCUUCCGUCUGUUGGCCAAACUGGGCACCAUCAAUGAGAGGCCAGAGUUUCAGAAGGACCAUACAUGGUCUGAGACGGGGGACCGCUACCUGCUGAAGCUGUUCAGAGACCACCUGUUCCACCAGGUGACGGAGGCUGGGACCCCCUGGAUAGACCUCAGCCACAUUGUUUCCUGCCUCAACAAACUGGACGCGGGCGUGCCUGAGAAGAUCAGCUUGGUGUCUCGUGAUGAGAAGAGUGUUCUGGUGGUGACCUACUCGGACCUGAAGCGCUGCUUCGACAGUACCUUUCAGGAGCUGCAGCAGGCUGCUGCCACCGGCCCCCUGUAGCGCCCCCCACAGGCAGCGGGGUGGGACUGCCUGAACCCUGAACCGGACAGCACAUUAUUGCACUACAGCGGAGGACCAGGCGCAUAGUGAUGACAUCAUCUGCGUGGCGAGAGAGGCAGAGGGGGCGGGACUUGCUGGACCUCAGUCACAUACACUGUCUUGGCAACCAGGAAGGCUUUUUCGAAAGCUGAAUUGUUUUUUUGUUUUCUUUCUAAAAUCACACAGCUGCGAUUUACAAGUAAUGGACAAAAACGGAAGCUUUAAUGAUGACGAACUAUUACUUUUUUUUUUUGACUUGGGGAACAAAACGGAUACUAAAAAAUAAACCAACCACGUGGGAUUGAACUUUUUCCUGCUUUUAUUUUUUACAUUUUUAUUGAAUUUUUUUCCUGUGGAGGAUGGACUACGAUGUUUGACUUUUUUAAUGAAUGUGAGUGAGUGGCCUACGGGAUGCAGCUACUGAGAGGUGAACACACAGUCAGGCUGAGAACCUAAUAUAAUGUCUCUCUCUUCCUGCUGGAGACCACACCCCUUCAUACCAACGCACUAAGAGACGGGACAGACCACUGGAUGCUUUCAAAGGGGGUGGUCAGGGAACCCGUUGCUGAAAUGGACCGGUCCACCUCAGCCUCCUUGGUUGUCGGUUCCCACUCAGAAAGGACAAACCACUGACUUUUUGGGUAGGGUGCGGUUUGGGGACUCUGAGACAGACCAUUGGUCAAUUCAAUGCCUUGAUGUGGGGGUCAAGGGUCAUGGAACAUUGGAGUCGUGUGGUGGGGCGGGGGGUGUUGUGUCAAACUGUGGUUUCUGUUGGCACUGAAGAAGGGUUUUGUCUAGAAGGGAUACAUCUUUUGGCAAAAUUGACUUUUCGUAGCAGGUUUAGGAGAACUUACACAGCAGGUAAGGAUAAUUAGUUUAAGGUUAGGAAAAGGGUUAGGGUUAGUUAAAAUGCACAAAAAAAUCUACUUUUUCCAUCAAUUUGACAAGCUGUAUCCCAUCUAGGCAUGAUCCUGAGGAAGGGGUGUCUUCUCCCUGUUUGUUAUAUAGCGCAGGGUCAUAAAAGCAGCAGUCUCCUUAAUUGCUUAAUGACAGACACUAUUAUGGAAAAUGUUGUUACACAAAUGAUGAACUCAUUGGGAGAUGGAUUACUUAGGUCUGGCUCGUCAGCUCUGGGAUGAAGCCCAUGGACUGGGCCAAAACUAGAGAAUGGCGCCAGUUCUGCCUCAAUGUGGAAUGUCCUCCUGUUCUUGACCUCUUCCCUCCCAUCUCUCCCUCUCUCCUUUGAAUCCUCUCCCCUGCUUCCUUCCCCUGAGGGAUCCCUGCCGACCUCAUCAUUUGAGAAUGUUAUGCUUUUUGUGAUGCUUUUUCUAGCUGGUUCCCCUCAUUUUGCUCAGCUGUUGUGCAGUGAUGCAUGAUGGGACAUGGAAGGGACAGUCUUUCUGCCUCAACACAAACUUUAUUCUGUGGACCAAUUCCAGCUGGGGUGGGCCGGAGGGGCAAGCAACGGGGCGAAGUUGUUAGUAAGAAGGGGUUUUGAAUCAUUUUAAGAAAAUCUGUUUUAUUUGACCUAUUUUUAAAAUCAUGUGAGACAAAAUGUGCCGGAGACACCGAGCAGCGACAACCAGAAUCACCUUUAACCUCUGACCUCUCCCAGAGGUCACCUGGGAUUUUCCCCCUGAAGUGUGCACUCAUUCACUCCCUCUCAUGGCUUUAAAAAUAAUGGAUUGGCGUGAGAGAUAUGAUGGAAACUCCAAACCAUGCUUAUACCAAUCCAAUGCUUUUAAAUUCACAAGGGGUAGUGAAGGAGUUUACUCUUCAGGGAGAAACAUAUAGAAUUUUGAAGAGGGUGGGUAAGAGGGGUGAGCAGUGGCUGAUGCAUACAGAAGCAAGGGUCUAUUCAGAAUGGUGAAACGUUCAAAGCAUUUUAGAUAGAAAUGUAUUGUAUAGAUCAUACAGACUUCUAGUCACAUGAGAAGGUAGCCAUGUCUGUUCUAUACAUCACUGUUCUACGUGGAACAUUUUGGACGUUCCACCCUAUUGAAUAGACCUUCUGUUGGAUGGUUUGGAAUUCUCUCAGGAUGACGGACAGCUGGAGGGGCCCGAUGACUGAAUGUGUUUGGCCGUCAUUGGUCGCCCUUUAUCCAGUCAGAUGGAUGUGCUGCGGUGUGGGCUGGACUCUAAAUGGGGGUAGGUGGAGAUACUGUGGGGGGAAAUCGUGAGUUGAUAGAUGGCCCUAAACACAGAUUUAGCAUCAGUUUACCCUGGUUCAGCCUUACCUGAACUACUAGGGGAUGACAAUUUAUCUGACCCUAUCUCAGUGGUUAGGGGCAUCUUCUACCCACUACUCCAUGAGGCAACAUGGGAGUUGCCCCAUAGCACAGAUCUAGGAUCAGUUUACUCUACACCUCGCCUAUCCUGAACCAUUUAGGAGUUGAAGAGUAAAACUGACUGUAGAUCAGUUCUUAGGGGCCACUUGAUCUAAAGCCUGCUGGGAGUUGGCUAUGUUAGGAUCAUGUACUACUUCCUCAGUUUUUAAUGAAAUUAUCAAGACCGAAAACAUAUUUGGUGAAUGUGGUACUUAGAAACCUACCUUUUUAACAGAUCACACACCCACCCUGUCAGUAUCCCUAAUCCACACAGUCAACGCUCAUCAUAUCCCCAUUGCCCAACAACUCAUGACACACACUCCCAUAGUACUAGUGCUGCCCCACUCCGACACACACACCUCUCCCCCACUCCUACACACACACCUCUCCCCCACUCCGACACACAUCUCUCCUACACACCUCUCCCCCACUCCGACACACAUCUCUCCUACACACCUCUCCCCCACUCCUACACACACACCUCUCCCCCACUCCUACACACACACCACUCCUACACACACACCUCUCCCCCACUCCUACACACACACACACCUCUCCCCCACUCCUACAAACAUCUACAAUCACCAUCUUAGUAUGUUUUUUUGCCCAUCUUGUGUUCAUUGUAAUAUUGUGUGUACAGCAGUAUUUUAAUAAAGAAUACCAAAACA